AUCACGUGAUUGGAUAUCCAUAGCAACGACUGACCGACAAACACGAGAGGACAACAUGGCGAGGGUGUUCGUCAAUCGACUUGAUGAUUAUAUCAGCAAAUCUAUCCUUAAGGCUGUGAGUGAUAAGGCAGUGGGGACUGCAAGGAAAGACGAGGAAGAAGAGGAGGAGGAAGGAGCUGAAGCUGGUGGAGCUGAUGGUGCAAAAUAUGAAGUGAUAGGAACUCUGAGAGAUGAGAAAUCACAUGUCCCUCUGGCAAAGGAGAUUGUCCCUUCUGAUAGUAAGACCCAACUAAUGGAGGCCCUCUUGACUUGCGACGCUAUUGUGUACAAUAUCAGUGACACUGCCACUGAAGUUGAGGAGGCAAUGUGGGCUAUACAGGAACUCCAUGAGAAGAUGUCAUCGUUUGCAACAGUCAAAGUAUUUGUUUGUGUAUCGACCGUGUUGACUUGGGCCAAAACAAAACCACUUAAUCCUGAUGAACCGGAUGUUCCUUUUACUGAGGAAGACUAUAGGAGGAGACGGACCCAUCCAAAUUUUAAGGAGCACAUAACUGCCGAGAAAGAAGUCAUCAAGUUAGGCAAGACGGACAAGUCAAAGCUACAGACUUAUGUAGUGGCCAGUGGGCUUCAAUAUGGAGCUGGUGAAGAUAUCUUUCACUAUUUCUUUAAAUCUGCUUGGAUGGGCCGUGAAAAAGAGUUGCCAGUCUUUGGAGAUGGUCAAAACGUUGUCCCUACUAUACAUGUUGAUGACCUUGCAAGUAUAAUUUUCAAUGUGAUUGACUCAAAGCCCAAAACAAAGUACAUACUAGCAGUAGAUGAGUCAAACAAUACACUAGAGGACCUUGUCAGGUCUGUUAGUAAGGGACUAAGCACUGGACGAAUAUCACACGUCUCAAAGGAAGAUGGACUCAUUGUUGAUGGACUGACACAAAUGCAAUAUGACGAGCUAAUGGUUAGUUUACUAAUGGAGGGAACAUGCAUUAAGGAGGAAAUGAAAAUGACCUGGGUAGCAGAAAGUGGCCUUAUAGAAAACAUGCCUUCCAUCAUUGUUCAAUAUAAAGAGGAGAGAGGACUCUUACCGAUCAAAAUAUGCAUCCUUGGCCCUCCAGCUGUUGGCAAGACAACAGUUGCCUCUCAGCUUUGCAAGCAUUACAAGCUCCAUCAUGUGAAGAUGGCCGACGUCAUUAAGGAGGCACUUGAGCUGAUAGAGAGGAGGGCAGCUCGCUCUGACUCAAACGAUGUCAAUGAAGAUGACGAUGAAGCAGCUCAAGAAGCCAAGGACUACCUAGAGGUAUUAAAAGAUGAUUUGGAAGAAAACAAAGGUAGAUACAGCACACAGCAUAUUAUAAAGUUUUUUAAGGACAAGCUCCAAUCGAUGCCUUGUCAGAAUCAAGGUUUUGUGUUGGACGGGUUUCCUAAGACAGAGGAAGAGGCUAGAGAACUUUUUGGACCUGAAGAGAAAGAUGAUGAUGAUGGUGAACAAGAUCCAUACAAUAAGGCACUAAUGCCUGAGCUGGUAGUAUCUCUUGAUGCUGAUAAUGCAUUCCUUAAAGAAAGAGUCAUCAACCUCCCUCAAUCACAAGUAGCAGGAACUCACAAUAAUGAAGAAGGUUUACUCAGACGAUUGAAGUCAUUCCGUGAGCAGAAUGAGGAAGAUGUGACUGUUCUUAAUUAUUUCGAUGAGCUGGAGAUACAUCCACUGCACAUCAGAGUAUCUGAUGAUACUAGUGAAAAUAUGUCAAAGACAGUUGAAGAUAUUAAGAAGGUUAUCAAAGAGCCAAGAAACUAUGGUUUAACUCCUGAAGAGAAGGAAAUUCUGGAAAAGAAAGAAAGAGAAGAAAAGAUAUUGAGAGAAGCUAAAGAGAGAGAAGAGAAAGACAAACAGGAAACGAUAGAAAGAGAACUAAGAGCAAAGAGAGAGCAAGAAUGGAGUGAAAGAUUGGCUCAAGUACAGAAAGAGGAGCAAGAGAUGCUAGAGACUCACAGCAUUCCAUUAAGAAACUACCUAAUGAGACACGUAAUGCCCACACUAACUGAAGGACUCAUUGAAGUAUGUAAAGUUAGACCUGAUGAUCCUGUGGACUAUCUGUCUGAAUAUCUGUUCAAGAGUAAUCCUCAGAUUGACUGAUAGAGGAGCAUGAAAAACAUAAUUAUUGAGAUUUGAGACAUAUACCAUGUACCUAUUAUGAAACAUGGAGAGUAUACAUUGUGUAAUUGUUAUUAUAAAGUAACAAAACUAUAAACCAUUUAGAACAA